CAAAGUUUGGUUAACCUGCUCUUACAUGUGUUUUCUGUUUUCUUGAGAACAAAAUCAAAAUGAGUUAUCGAGUGAAGUUGUUAAUGUGCCAUUAUUUUCAAGAUGAUCGUGCAUUUACUUACGCGUUCAUCCAAUCCGAAUUCAGUGUUAUACAGGAUUUAAUCAACCACAUAACAAAGAUGUUCGAUAUAAAGGAUUUCAGUUUGCUAUUGCAUGGUUUUUACUUGUUACCAGGUGAAGACAUAAGAAUUAUUCAAGCAAAUGAUGAGAUAUUAAUUAAACCAAAUCAAGUUCAGCAACUGCCACCAGCUCAUCAAGUUGUUGAAUCACCUGCAAAGAAAAAGAAACAGAAAUCCAAAAGAAAAUCUGCUGAUUUAGACAAUUGCAAUGAAGUGAAAAUUAAGAAGAGAAAACUAUCAUCAAAGUUUGAACCAGUUGCUACCAGUUCAACAAGAAAGAAAGACAUUGUUGAGUCAAGAGUUCAAUAUUUUAAUAACCUCAGCAAUUCCAAUGAAAAUUCUAAUAUUGCAGAACAUGAUGUAGGAACAGAAGUUGUUCCUGAGAAAUUGAACAAUCAGUUAAUUUCACAAGACCUCAUCACACCUGCAUUAAGCAGCAAAAGCACUAAGAAGAAGAAGGAAAAGAAAUUGUCAGAACAGAUGGAAAUUAGUAAUGAAGAGAAAGCAUGUGAACUUAAUAAUAUAAAGUCUAAUGUUCCACAUCAACAAUUAAUCCACAAUGAUGAUUCAAAUGCAUUCAAAACUCCUGUUGACAAAAUGAACAAUUUAUCAAAUAAUGUUCAUCCAAAAUUAAUCCAACACAUGACACCCUUAAGGAAUAUGUUACCCACCACAGUAAUUAAGGAAAAGAUACACGUAAUUCGUAAUAUUGUUAUGAGUCGAGAUAAAGAUACCAUUUUAGAAGAAAACAAAUGCAACAAUGUGAGUGAAGUGGUGACAAAGAAAAGUGCUGACAUUGUGUCAGUCACAACUUCUGAUUUAAAUGGGAAUGCUAAUUCUAUUGGGGAAAACUCAGAUUCAAAAAAUGAUGAACAAGUGGAAGAGCCUCAAAUUUCAAAGCCAGAUGAACAAGAGUGUUUGCCUUCAACUUCAACAAUUAAAAAUGAACGUGUUUCUUUGCCUGUGUCUACAAAUACAUUAACUGAGGUUCCUGAGGUACAGAGUAAUGAAAUAAUGGAUGAAACACCACAAAGAAAUUCUGAAUGCAAAACCAUUUCAACCGCAAUUCCAUUAAAAUGUUCUGAAAAGCGUUUACAAUCUUCAAUGUCUUAUAUUCUGUCAUCCUUAAAGAGUGACUGUUCAUCAACAUCAAAUUCCAUUGAUGGAAAUGAUUGUGAAGAAGUUAAGGAGAAGUUUAUCACACGUAGAAAGCGUCACAGAACACGAAAAAAUAAACCUAUACAUAAGGAUACUCCAGCUCCAAUAAAAUUUUCAGAUUUUAGAAGGCCCAAUAUUCAAUCAAAACCAUUGAUUCACCGUUUCUUUGCUGAGGAACCAAUUGAAAUUCCAUCCACUGAUACUGAAGAAUGUAACAAAAUUGAGCAGAAAAGCUCUGAUAAACCUGAAAAUGUUACAAUUCUUGAUUUGACCGAGGAAACGCCGGAAAUAUUUGAAAAUCCAUUGCCAGUUCCAUUGAAUGGUCAGAAAAAGUCUUAUCUUGACACGAAGCUCGAAAUUUGCGGCCAACCGCUUACACAAGAAUUUAUUGAUAAGUUAACUGUAAUGAGUAAUGUGGUACCAACUCGUGGUGAUAUUAUUAUAUUUCAGAUGUUAAAACUGGGAUCUAGUUUUACCCCGGAAGUUACGAAGAAUAUAACUGGUUUGGUUAAAUCUUUUGACGCAGAAACAAAACGGGUAGAAAUAGAUAUUUGGGACGGACUAUCUGAGCUCUCACAAAUUCAUGAAGAGUUUGAUGAAACAGGUGAAACGGCGAUUUUGGAUUGGAUGUCGUUGGUGAAACCGCGUCGGGUGGCUUAACUAAGUUAUUUUAUGUUGUACUUGUUAAUUCGUGUUGCCAUCUUGCAUGUUUAUUAUUUAAGUUAUCAAUUGUUUAAAUAUUUGUAUCGAAAAUAUCCGAGCAAAACCGA